CUGUGAACGUCAAAAUGGCAGCAUCCAUACGAGGCGUUGGAAGAAUUUUAUGCCGUGUGACCCCUUUGCUUUUACAGAAUAUUCGGCAGAAUAAGAGUUUACCUGUCAGGCUUUGGCCCCGGGCUGUGUUUCCAGGUGUGCAGUCCAGCCUCGCUCUCUGCACUGCAGCCUCACCCGAGAUCCCCAGUGAUGGCGGGGAGGCGCUUGCCCGCUACAAGGACAGACCAUGGGACUACCUGGAGAGCGAAGAGUACAUAGCGCUCUAUGGAACCAGUCCAGUGUGGUCUGACUACAGGAGGAACCACAAAGGAGGUAUUCCUCCUCAGAAGACGCGCAAGACUUGCAUUAGAGGAGACAAGAUAUGUGGGAACCCCUGUCCAAUCUGUCGAGACUCCAAUGUCAUCAUUAACUAUCAGAACGUGAAGCUACUGCAACAGUUCAUCAGUCCAAAUACAGGCAUUGUCUAUGACUCCACACGGACAGGAGUGUGUCAGAAACAGCAAAAGCAGCUCAAUCAGGCGAUUGGCACUGCAAGAGACCAUGGGCUUCUACCCUUCCAGGUUCCUCAUGUGGACUUCUCAGGAGAGGACUACUCCAACUGCCAUGACGCAGUGGGCUCAACCCCUCCUCCCCCCACCAUUACCUCUGGUGAUCCUUGGUACCGGUGGUACCACACCAUACAGCCAGACGAGACUGAAGUGGCUAAAGUCAAGAAGACCUAUAAGGCAUAUUUGAAAUAGACAAGAAAGACCUACCUGAAAUUGAUGAGGGUGUAUCAGAGGAAUUAUGGUGAAAGUUUGAGGAUUUAAUUAGGUGUUUCUGGACAGAGAACAUUUUGUUCAUAAAACACAUUAGUGUCAAAGUAUUCAGAUUGUUAGUGUUUUGUUUUUGGACCUUAAGCUAAAUUGCCUUUCAUAUUUCUAGUCUUACGCAAACGAUAUGCUAAAACACAUCAGACUAAUUCCAGACCCUUCUCCUUCCAGGCUACAAUUUAUCAGCUCAGUUACUGUACAUGCUAUAUGGACCAUCCACGAGUAAUCUGUCUAAUCUCAUAUCCAUGGUUUUGUAUUUAAAGAGAAAGUGGUACAAUAAAAACAUGUAAGAUGCAAAA